AUGAUCUUCGGCGUGGGCGACCUACUGAUGAAGGCCGUGAAAGCACAGAUCAACUUGUGGUUCGCUCCACGAUUUCAAGUCCACCGAAUCGUUGGCUUGAUCUUCCUCCUCCAGUUCUUUGCUGCGAUCUUCUGGUAUGUGUGGGACUACCAGCAUUACCUGCGCACGCCACUGGUGUGGAGUUUGGGGCUCACAGGACUGCUGCAAGCCAUCACGGCCUCCUUGACCUUCACCUUCAUGCCGAAGGUGGCCGACCCGGGCUUUAUCGCCAUGGCUGACAAGGCGCCACUGAGUUACCGCUUCAUCGUGGAGAACAGUUUCUUUGCCAUGCUGUUGUCGUUUCAGUGCUUCUACAUGGACAACCGGAUCUACGGUGCAAUUCGAGCGUGUUGGCCGAUUGAACUUCUGUUCGUGUUCCUUCCCUACUACAUUCGACCACUGUGGCCCACUACCCGGAUCCGCCACGCGCUGGAAAAUGCAAAGAACAAGUCUGACAAGAAUCGUUUCUUUAUGGUGGCAUCCAGCUGGAUUGUGAAGUUCUUCUACAGCUUUGCCAAGCACUACAUCGGAUUCUUCUUGAACUACAUCCGCUUCCUGGGUCGUGUGACCCCAGAGGACGAUGUCAACGAUGUCAGUGGACGAACCAACGAACCAUUUUUCGAGACGCAUGGGGCCCGGUGCAAUUUGGUGUGUGUUGCGGUUGACUAUUGGAAGGGGGAGUGUGUUUCCACAUGUCGCGGCAACCAUUCCUUGGUCAUGAAUUGGAGUCAGUUGUCGGGAGCAACCGAGGUUCGCAUGUUUUCAGCUUUAGGGGUUGGCUGCAAGUCAAGCGCAAAAUACAAACCUAGAUCAAAACAAACGGCGUCCUGCUGCCAAGCUAGUAGAGGAUUGUGCUCUCGACUCAAGGCAGUUCUUGUUCACCACCAGAUUCUUUGA